AUGUCAGAGGAAGAACGGAGAAACAUGGGCUCGGAAGAGAGCUCGAGGCCGAUACCCGGGAUCACGGGUGACAUUGUCUACAAGAACCCGUUGUUCACGAUGCCAGCGAUCUUGGAGCCGUACAAGGUUGGGAUAUUAUCGUACGCCUCGUCGAUGCUUUCUACGACGGCCGGGUUCCCGCUCGACUCCAUCAAAACUAGAAUGCAGACCCAUUCGUACACAAGUGCAUUAGAUUGUUUUUCCACCACGAUUAAGACAGAAGGCGUACGGGGGCUGUUCAGGGGGAUUGUGGCCCCGCUAAUUUCUACGUCGAUGUCGAGAUCGAUGACUGUGUCAAUAUACACGGACGCAAAGCCCUACGUUGCGAGCGUCAUGCCUGAGAUGCAACUUGAUUACAUUUCCGACCCGGAAACACAGCGAUUUGUGAGAAACUUCCCUGUUUCUUUUAUCUCAGGUAUCAUAUCUGGCAGUAUCAUAUCGCUUUUUGCGUGUCCUUUUGAGUUGACGAAGAUAUUUCAGCAGAUUGUGGUUGUCGUCAACCGAGAUACGAAGGUUAACUUGAGCUCGGAGACCCUUCCGACGAAAGUGUUUGACGUGGCCGGUAACAUUGUCAAGUAUGAGGGAUGGUCGGGGCUAUACUCCGGGUACAGAUACCACAUAAUCCGAGAUGCUUUUAGUGCAGGGUUAUUCUACAGUGUCUACGAAACAGUCAAGCUUCAGCUGCAACUGAAAAACAAAGAAAGCGACUACUUCAGUGAAGAAGUAAAGGCUAGAGUCGAUGCUCUCUGCGUUCCCGUUUCCGGAGCAGCUGCAGGAUGCCUGGCUUGGGCAACCAUCUACCCACUCGAUACCAUGAAAUCACGCUAUCAAAGGGACGUGUUGGGUAACAUAAUCAGAGUCAAGAUGGGGUUGCCCAAGCUAGAUAUCGCUCCCGGGAAACUGAAAAUCCCCACCAGAGAAAUGUACAAAGGUUUCGGUCCAUCUGUAACGAGAUCCAUCUGUGUCACCAUGAUUUUCUUCUCUGCAUUCGAGUAUCUGAUGAAGAACAUUGCAUAG